AUGCACAACACGCCACCCACUCUUCCUCCGAUGUCUACAACACAAGUAGUAGCGUACAACUUACCGCAGAUGUUGCGGCUCCUCGAGCUUGGGGAACUCCCUGAUUUCGAUUGUUCCCAGCGGCCCAUCACACUGAAGCGCGUACAGUUCUCCGACGUGAACCAGAUGGUGCAUCUCCUUUCUCACUUCAAGUCAUUCGAAAAGCUCUCCAUCAGCGGAGUGGCCUUCGAAAAGGCUGACUCCAACAGCGUCAGACGUGUCCUCGAUGAAGUCAAGGACCUCUGCAUGAAUUACAGAGACUCCCGCAUCGCUCGCCGCAGUCUGAUCCAAAUUCUCCAAUGCUGCCCUUCCCUCACUUCCUUAAUGUUUCUCAAUACCACCUUGCCACCGAUCCUCACCGAUUCGUGCCCGAAGGAUGAUACACUCCCACUCGCACAACGAGCGAGACCGACGAAGAUCUCUAUCUACACACUGCAGGCCAUCCAUUUCCGGGCCACCCUCAGGCCUGGAACAACUCCAACUCAAAAGUGGACUCCUCUGCUUCCAAAAACGAGUACGACGAUUGUCGGUGGAUGCGCGAACUCAGGGAGGUCCUCAGUGGGAGCAAAGGUCUUCGGUUGCUGGACAUUGGGUUGGGAUGAUCAUCCGAGCAUUCCAGGCAGGGCAUAUCUCGAUAAAUACCUGACCGGCGAGCCCGACAAACUCGAGUUCCUGUGUGUGACCAUCCACUCCAAAGAUUCAUGCUCCAAACAACUCCAGUGGCUCCGCAUGUCUCUGCAACACAGCUAUCGGGGGCAUAAAAGUCGUUAG